AUGGAAGUCUACAUCGACGAUAUGCUGGUAAAGUCCCUGGAAGCAGAGGAUCAUAUAUCGCACUUACAAGAAGCCUUCUCUACCCUCCGAAGAUACAACAUGAAGCUCAACCCAGCCAAGUGCUCAUUCGACAUCAGUUCCGGAAAAUUUCUAGGGUAUAUCGUGACCCACCGGGGCAUCAAAGCCAAUCCAAAGCAGAUCAAGGCCAUCCACUCGUUUCCCUCUCCAAGAAACAUCAAAAGAAGUCCAGAAGCUGACCGCCAUGCUCCUUUAGUGUAUGCCUCUAUCAAUCCUUAUCAUAUACUUCCAGUAUUGAUAAGAUCCAUUCAUGGGUCGCACCCAUCAUUCCUUCCAGGGAACUUCCAUGAAACCACUUUCUACACUGCAUCCGCCUUCGAGGCUGUUCAUGCCAUUGAGAGUGGAUUCCGGCCUUCUCCCUUCUCUCCUGACCAUUUGCGUGUGUUCCCAAGACAUAUAGGAAGCCUAGGACGUGAUCAUCCAUGA